GACCGUAAUCGUCAUUGUCUCGCAGAGCAAUACUCAAACGCACUUUCGUCACCAACUUACAAAAAGGGUCUCGUAGCGGCCCAACCAAAAAAAGCGAUAGGGCGCUUUAUUCUGACCGGCAGCACGUCACAAGAGCAAGCAAGUAGUAUACCGGUGUAGCAGGCAGAGAAUGGGCAAGAAAGUGUAUGGAGCGAAAGGGAAGAACGGCGGCAAGCAUGCGGCUGAGGCCCAGCUCCGGCAACAGCACGGGCCCGCACCCCAGCAGCGCCCGCAGCAGCCAGGACGUGGAGGCCCCCGGCGCAACCCGCAGCAGGACGAGCGUCAGGUGAUGCAGGGAGGGGGGCGCAUGCCCGCAGAUAUCAACGGUGUAAAGGACGCCAUUACGGCAGCCUUCCCCGCUGGCAUCAGCAAGAUUACCCCCGUCAAAAAUGGCUCCUUCGCUAUCACUGGCAGCAGCGAGCCGGUGAAAUAUGUUGAUGUGGAGGUACGCAUGCCAGCUGAGCUGCUGGCAGCAGCCCUCACCAGAAUCACACUCAACCCCAGCAGCGGGCUGUGGUACUACCCCAAGGGCAACGACAGCCUCCUACCCCAGCGCGGCUUCCCCGGCUGGAGCUCCCGCCCACACGGCACCACCAGCAACGACGGUGGGCUCCUAUGGUGCGUGUGCCACACCAUCAACGCGCACAACAACACACCGGCCGACGAGCUCUACCGGCAGGCUAGCCUCAACAUCGUUGCUGAGGUGGUCGCAGCAGGGCCGGCCAACACUGCAGCUGAGGCCCUGCACACCAUUGAGUCUGCUCUGCGAACGCAGCCAGCGCUGGCCCUGAACGCCAUGAUCAUCCAGUCAGCACGCCAGCCCCGCAGCUCGGAGAACAGCAUCGCCGCGCAAACGCUGCUGCUGCGGUUCACCUGCAGCAAGCAGCGGAAACUUGCGCAGGCAUCCCGGCUACUGCUGGUCGACAUGGGGGAGGGCCUGGUCAGCCUCACAUUCGAGGAGAGCGCGCGCCCCAACGGCGUCAGCCCGCGAGGACACCAGCAGGUGUCCAUCACCAGCAACAGCAUCAGCACAGAGAAUGGUGUGGCCAUGAGCCAGCUGGACGCAUUUGCGACAGAGCUAGCAGACCGGCUUGAGCAGCAGCGCCUAAUCCUGCCGCAGCACCUCGCCAUCCAGAACGGCGCCAGCCAGGCAGAGGCUGCACAGGCACCGCCGCUCCUACACCCCAACCUGAUCGACACCUACGUUGGCAACAUGCAGCGGGGGCCCCUGCAGCUGGGAAGCAACACGCGCCACUCCAUCAUGUCAUACCCGCAGCAGCCCGCAGCACUGCCCACUCUCUGGCGCAACCCGGCAGACGCCUAUGCUGUGGCCGGCAACAUCCUCGACGGGGCCCCCAUCCUGCAGCCAGCUGUGUCGGCGGACGCCAAGACGGAGAACAACGCCACCAUUACCCGGAUGGCCGCAGCAGACCCCAGGCAGGAGGCAUUCAUCUAUGCCAUCACGCCAGAACCAGCCGCAGGGCCGGAUGACAACGACGACCUGGACCUGGGCUGGGCCGGGCCGGCAGCACCACCGCAGCCACCGCUGCCACAGCAGCAGCAGCCGCAGCCACCGCAGCUGCCUCCGCCGCCGCAGCCACCGCAGCCACCGCAGCCACUGCAGCCGCCGCAGCCGCCGCAGCUGCCGCUGCCGCAGCAGCAGCAGCAGCAGCAGCAGCAGCAGCAGCUGCAGCAGCACCAGCAGCAGCAGCAGCAGCAGCAGCUGCAGCAGCCCCCACAGGCUACCCAUGCCCUGUACAGACACACGAACGUGCCGCGCAGACUGGUAGACAUGCCCCCCACCAUCAUCACCGGAUCGCUAACUAGUUUGCACACCCUCCUCUGGAGGGUCUGAUUAUGGCGCUUAGUGAGAUGCUGUCACAGGUUCGAAUCCCGUCAAGAACAGUUUUUUUUGCCAGAUCACAGCGAAGAAGUAGAUAAGA